CAAGAAACUCGGGCUGGACAUUGGUGUCUAUAGCGUUAAACUGUGCUGAUUCUCGCUAGGUUUCUGCUUGCCUAAAGUCAGCAUGUCUCGUGCCCGCCAGCCUCCACUGGUCACGGGCAUCUCGCCCAACGAGGGCACAGCCUGGACCAAAGUCACCAUCCGUGGGGAGAACCUGGGGACGGGCCCUGCUGACCUCAUAGGUCUGUCCAUCUGUGGCCAUAACUGCCUGUUGACAGCUGAGUGGAUGUCAGCCAGUAAGAUAGUGUGUCGUGUGGGACCUGCCAAGGAUGACAAGGGAGAGAUCAUUGUCACUACCAAGUCUGGGGGCCACGGCACUUCAACUGUCUCGUUUAAACUGCUCAAGCCAGAAAAGAUUGGUAUCUUGGACCAGUCUGCAGUGUGGGUGGAUGAAAUGAACUAUUACGACAUGAGGACCGACCGCAACAAAGGCAUCUCCCCCCUGUCCCUGCGACCAAGCAAUCCACUGGGCAUCGAGAUAGACAAAGGUAAAAUCCCUCAGAAGGACAUGGAGUUGACCUUUCCAGGAAUGAGUGGAGACUUUACCAGUGAGAACUUCUCUGCCACCUGGUACCUCAUAGAAAACCACUCUGGCACCAGUUUUGAGCAGUUGCGAAUGGCAGCCGGUAACCCGAAGAGGCAGGCUACUAAGAAGAAUGAGGUCAGUCUGGCCUAUGUGAAAGGAGACCUCAGUACAUUCUUUGAGGCCCAGGACGCUCUGUCAGCAAUCCACCAGAGGUUGGAGUCAGAUGGCACAGAGAGGGUGGAGGGAUCAAUGACCCAGCGCCUCCAGAACAUCCUUAACAGGGCAAGCGAUACUGCAGAUACUCUGUUCCAGGAGGUCUUAGGGCGGAAGGACAAAGCUGAUUCCACACGCAAUGCACUCAAUGUCCUUCAGCGUUUCAAGUUUCUCUUUAACCUGCCGCUCAACAUUGAACGCAAUAUCCAGAAGGGAGAUUAUGAUGUGGUGAUCAAUGACUAUGAAAAAGCCAAAUCUCUGUUUGGAAAUACCGAAGUCCCUGUCUUCAAAAAAGUAUACGCUGAGGUGGAGACGAGAAUCGGUUCUCUGAGGAGUCUCCUCCUAGAGAAACUGCUGCAGACCCCAUCAACACUGCACGACCAGAGGAGAUACAUCAGGUACCUGUCGGACCUGCAUGCCCCAGGGGAUCCAGCGUGGCAGUGCAUCUACGCUCAGCACAAGUGGAUCCUACAGCUGAUGCAAAACUGCAAGGACGAGUUCAUCAGUGGGCAGAGAGUGGGUGCUGGAGCCAUACCUCUGGACCUGGACAGUGAUACCCAUUCAUCAGCCCUCAGCAGGAUCAGCCACUCAGCAUCUCUGAAGAGAGGAGGUAGCCUGCGUACACCCCGCCCCAGCACCUGGCACUUUGAGACCCCCCAACAGGUGCAGUUUGUAGAGAAGCUGUCAGAUGUGGUGAUUGGUCAGCUGCCUAACUUCUGGAAGCUUUGGAUUUCCUAUGUUAAUGGUAGCCUCUUCAGUGAAACAGGAGAAAAGUCUGGCCAGGUAGAGAAAUCCAAGAAGAAUGCCAGACAGAGACAGAAUGACUUCAAGAAAAUGAUUGAGGAGUUGACUCAUCGGCUGGUGAAGCUUAUCCGGGGGGCCCUCUUGCCUAUUACCUUGCCACGGGGGGAAGUGAGCUUCUAUGGGGGCUGGGAGAACAAGAUGGAACUCACGGGCCCCUGGCUCACACAGGUCAUACACACUGUCAGGGGUUGCCAUGAGGCUUUGUCUGCUUUAGAAAUUCCCAAUGAUCUUCUUCAGAUCAUACAAGACCUGUUGCUGGACCUAAGAGUGCACUGCCUUGUGGUCUCCCUGCAACACACUACAGAAGAUGUCCACAGACUUGCUGAGAAAGAGGAUUGGGUUGUUGACAACGAGGGUCUCACCAGCCUGCCUGCUCAAUUUGAACAGUGUGUAGUCCAGAUGCUGCAGUCACUCAAAGAGCCCAUGGAAACCAAACCGGGAGAGAUCAAUGUGCUGCAGUUAGAACAAGCCCAGGACCAGGCCUCUGAGCUCUGUGUGGCCAUCAUGAAGGUUUUCAUCAACUGUUUGGAGCAUCUCAGCACUAAAACAGGCGAAGACAUUGACACUUCACAUAUGUCAGGAGACCUGGCCUCUCCAGACCGCUUUUGUGGUGUUCAGGAGCACUUCAGUCCCACAAUGGAACAGCGUCUGCUGAUCAUCCUCAGCAACUGUCAAUACCUGGAGAGACACACCUUCCUCAACCUGGCUGAACACUUUGAGAAGCAUGGCUUCACAGGGACAGAGAAGAUUACACGGUUGAGUGUGGAGGCUGUUCGGGAGCUGGAUGCAAAGCUGUUUGAUGCUUACAUCGAGAGAAAAUCUGACCCUAUCGUAGGAUCUCUGGAACCAGGCAUCUAUGCCGGAUAUUUUGACUGGAGAGACUGCCAAACACCAACAGGAGUGAGGAACUACCUGAAGGAAGCCUUGGUUAACAUCAUCACAGUCCAUGCCGAGGUAUUCACAGUGUCUAAGGAGCUGGUACCCAGAGUUCUGUCUAAAAUUGUAGAGUCGGUGGCAGAGGAGAUGAGUCGCCUCAUGCAGUGUGUGUCCUCCUUCAGCAAAAAUGGAGCCCUGCAGGCUCAUCUUGAACUCUGUGCCCUGAGAGAUGCCAUUGCUUCAUAUAUUACAGCUGAAAGCAAUGCCAGCUUCAAACAGGCUUUGGAGGCCCUUCCCCAGCUGCACAGUGGAGCAGACAAGAAGUUAGUAGAAGAGUUACUGAACAAAUUUAAGAGCAGUAUGCAGCUGCAGCUCACCUGCUUCCAGCCCUCUUCUGUCCAGCCUUUAAAGAGAUGAACUGAUUCUGUUGUGUCUCUGUGGGGUCAGCAACUUCUGCAUUAUGUGUGCAGUGUGUUUAUGAAUGUGAAGUAUAUUCACUCACUUCAGUUAUCAGUUUUAUGUAUAAAGCCUCACUUGAUUCAAUCGAGUCAUUUUCAGUUUUCACCGUAUCAGACUGGAGAAGGGCCCAUCAUCUAAUCAUCUAAUCUUCAAACUGACACUAAAUGUGUUAAUCUCACGGUUACUGUUCAGGACAGUCCCUGGGUGGUGGAGUCAUACUGGUUAUGCUAAUCUUAGAGAGCCACUCAUUUAGUUAACACGGUAUACAAGAGCCAAACUACUAAGCGGUUUGGUUUCCAGGUUUUGUAGAAGGUUCUGGCUAUGUCCCCCCUGAGAGACCAGCUACAGCAAUACACCAGCUGGGGGUCUAAGCAUUCUCUUCAAGGUGCAUGACCAUGGGAUUGUGGUUAUUGAAGUUUCUGGUGGGAUUUUUUUUGACGAUUUCAAGUUGUCACUGUCUCUCUCUUGCUGUUUUGUUCUAUGUCAUCUCAGUUGCCUAGUAAAAUGAGAGCUUUAACAUUGUUGACCUGUAAAUAUAGCGUUUGAGAUCACUCACCUCACACUAAACUGUUUUUGCUUCCCGUCAGAUGUUUUAACUUUUCAGUAAUAACUGGUGAUGUGACUUCAUGUAAUUGAUAAUGGCAGAAUAUAACCGCACAGGAUUGGUGAAAGAUUAAAUGUAACUGUUAACAUGA